UAGUUGUCAUUUAUACCUGGGGACAAUAUCAAGUUCUUGGAAAAAAGAAAAAAAUCCUUUUUGUUUCUUAAUUUUUGUUUUUUACCUGUACAUCGAAGCUUUGUAGUUUCCUUUAGAUAUAAGGAAAACAGUCGGAUUCAUUCUGUUGUAUGUAGCAUUCAAGCAAUAAUCUAAAGUGAAAUAUUUUAAAGUGAAAAAAAUAUACGUAGAAUGAGUGAAACAGAUUUGAUUGAAAAACAAUCGAUUACAUUAGAAGAAUCGUUCAAAACGAGCGCCUUCACGGACGUUGCUGAUGCUUUAGGCCAUGGAAAUGGACUUGACCACUACGGAAAUCGCAUUAAAGCUCGCAUGCCAGUUGAUCGUUAUGCUUCAGAUUAUAAUAUGAAUCACCCUAAGCGAGGAUUCGCAUUGCUUUUUAAUCAUGAACACUUCGAAAUACCACAACUAAAGUCAAGAACCGGAACAAAUGUUGACUGUGGGAAUCUGGCUUCCACAUUGAAAUAUCUCGAUUUUGAUGUAAGAGUAUAUAAAGAUCUCAAACUUCGAGACAUGCAAAAAGAAGUGGAAAAAGUUGCAAUGAUGGAUCACUCGGAGCAUGAUUGCAUUUGUGUGACAAUUCUCUCACACGGUGAACUGGGUUAUUUGUACGCUAAAGAUUGCCAGUACAAGCUAGAUAUUAUUUGGUCAUAUUUUACUGCGAACAGAUGUCCAACGUUGGCGGGUAAGCCAAAAAUUUUCUUCAUACAGGCUUGUCAAGGCGAUCAACUUGACGCUGGUAUAUCAUUAGCUGAACGCACAGAAACUGAUAGCUCCGGUUCGAUGAGUUACAAAAUACCUGCACAUGCCGAUUUCCUGAUUGCCUAUUCGACUAUCCCUGGAUUUUACUCAUGGCGAAAUACGCAGAAAGGAUCCUGGUUUAUGCAAUCGCUAUGCCAAGAACUUAAUCAACAUGGAAAAAAAUACGACAUCUUGACCCUUUUGACCUUCGUGGCACAACGGGUGGCAUAUGAUUUUGAAUCCAACACUCCUGAUAUCCCGAUGAUGCACCAACAGAAACAAAUUCCAUGUAUAACCACGAUGCUUACCAGAUUGCUCCGUUUUACUGAUAAGUAAUAAAGCAUCGUUUACUAAACCUGCCACUGUGUAAGUUGAGACAAAGCCAUUUUAAGUUCAGCAAGCAGUGUCGAUACUAUUUUUUACUUAUUUAGAUUUGUAAGGUUGUAGGUUGAAGUUGAUGUUUCGUGAUAGAUACGUUAUUUAUCCUAAUUUUGACUAUUUCAUAGUUAUUUCCAUGCUAAUAUAAUUGAAAACUUACGAUUCUGUUGAGAUUCGGGAACCUACAAUCUAUCAUAUACCCAGGAGACAGAAUAAUCAUUUGACUUCGGAAUGAUAGAUUUGGAUGCCUUCCACGUUUAAUGUGUGCUUUUUUAUUGAUUACACUGGUCGACGAGAAGAGAAAAGGUGUCCUAAAACUCAAACAAGUUGCCCUUAAAUUAUAGAUUAUAGCUUUUUAACUUCUCCUGUGAAUUUAAGUGACCCUAGCACAUACAGAAGUGCGUUAAAAGACCGAAGAGGUCCUUCGCUUUUAUGUUUGCUUACGACAAAACUCUUUUAAGUUCGAAAAAGGGGCACCAAAAUUCACAAAAAUGCUUAAAAAGCUAUAAUCUUUCAUUUUUUCUAGUUUGAGGUCUGGGGCAAAACUGUGUUUACCAGUGUUAUAAUUGAUUUUUUUUUAUACAAAAUGAACUUAUGAUCAAAAAAUGGCUUGAAUACAUAAUAUUAAAUGGCUUUUCAACGAAGAAUCCGUGUAAAGACUGUAUGUCGCGUGUAUUUAAUAUUGUGCGUUUAAAGUGAAUCUCUUUAUUUCUCACUUCCCCUUGGUAAGGUAAUACAAACAAACAAUUUAUUAGUUUAUUUAAUUAUGAAAAUGUAGUGCUUAUUGUAUGAAAACAUCAAGCUAAUUCGUAUAUUUUUUUUUGUAGUAACGAUUGUAAUUCCGAAAUUAUUUCCAUUAUAUUGAGUUUUAGAAUAUCAAAAAUGUAGUGUUUAACGGUAUAUGUUCAAUAAAACUUUCAAAUGUGUUUUAGAAUGA